AUGCAGCCAUUGCAUAAAGUGACUACUGAAGAACUGCCUGUUUUACUUGAAUGGGUGGCUCAGUAUUUCCCUGGCACAUGCAAGAUUCACGGUACAAUAAAUGAGAUACUCAGUGGACGUUGGCAGGGACCCGACUUUUACACUUUAGGAUGGCCGGACAUUUUGGCCGUUGGCGAGGGUCCUGUUGAUGCUUCCAAAAGUCAGUGUGCAAAUUUCUUCAACGACACCCGCCAUACCAGUGUCUACUCGCCAAAUCCUGUACAUGCUGAGGAACUUUUGCGUAGGUCGGAAUUUCUGGACUGGACAAAACCCAUUCUUUUUCAUGCAACAGACUACGACAUGGUGAAGAUCGCAGAGAAAGUCAGUAAUUCUACAGGGACUAAAUACAAUCAGUUAAUUCUGACUGAACUGAUGGCUGCGUAUCCCGGAGAUAUUCAACCAAGACCAGUUCCCGAAGGGUUUGAACUUCGACAGUUAGAUCCCGAUCGUGACGCCGAGUAUGUCGCCUCCACAGGGCCCCUCCAAAGAAAGCACACUGUUCCAUAUCUGCGCGAAGUACUGAAGAUUUUUCCAUC